AUACAGACUGGUCUAUACAGCAACAUGUUGUUCAAAGUUUUGAUGAUUUUAUGUUUGGCUGUGUGCGUAUUUGGCGAUGACAAAAAAAAAUGUGCGGGGAAAUUUGAUAAAGAAGGGAGUGAGUUCGCCAUAGGAGAUAGCUGGGAUGAGACGCUUAAUGACGUCAAGGCUGAUUGUACCUGUCCGAAAGAGAGAUAUUUUCUUUGGACUGGUUGCUAUGAAGACUGGUGCGAUGAUGCUGCGAGAGAUUGCCGAUGGGAAGGUUGUUAUAGUCGUGACGAUGGGAAGGCGUAUGCUGUAGGAGCCAGAGUGAGUUACAGGGGGCAAAAUUGUGUCUGUGGAGAAACUGAGGAAUUCAUUGCAGAUGCCCUUAGUCAGAAAUAUUCCAUCAAUUGUUGAACUUAGAUAGAUCAGGAUUAAUCAAAAGCUGUAUCAUGUUUAUUUGAUUAUACACUUUGAAAGAUGAAUAAAAAACUAAAUCUAAAGUAAAAGUGGA